AUGCGUCGGACCCCUGCAACGCUGCUACCACGUGUCGGCGGCCUCAGGCACCGUGGGGUGUGGCGCCACGCCGUGCUGGCGUCCCUGUGGAACGUGCCGGCCACCCUUCGCCUCGCCGCACAGCAACAACGUGGCCUCCUUGCCGUGCCUCUCCUCAGCAGCAACAACAGCAGCAGCGGCAGCAGCAGUGGCGAUCCCGCACAGCAGGAGGAUGCGGGUGUGCUCCGCUUCUUCCGGCGCAGAGGCCGUGCGACGCGGACGUCAUGCACCACCCCGUGCGAGACAGAUGACAUGGACGAGGUGCAGACGGACGUGAACGGCAAGACGGAGCCCUCCGCCAACCGCGCCAUGAGUGGGUACCGGGGCUGGUCGGCCAGGACUGGAAGCUGCACCGCGGAGGAGUUUCUGCAGGGCGUGCAGCAGUCGUACUACGGUCUCGGCGUGCUGAUCGGGACACUUGCGGAGGCCGCGCGGCCGCAGCUGCCGCUCGGCAAAGGCGUCCCACUCAGUGGUGCACUGGCGCAGCUGAAGACGCUGCUGUCAAAGCACUACUCGGUGAGCCUGCCCACGCAAACCGCAGAGGGGAGUGCGGGGGAAAAAGAGAGCAAUAACGUCGCCACCACCACCGCUGUCAGCGAGGCGCUGAUGAAGGUGCUGCCCCUCUCCUCCUUCUUAGCGAAGGAUCUCUACAAUGCAUGGAACAAGCAGCGGACGUUUGAUGCGAAUAUUUUUUCUUACGCCGGCCCCACCGAUUAUGUCCUCUCGACAAAAAUGCUGCUUUUCGUUGAGUGCCAGAGCAUGAAAAAUGUAUUCACCGCCGACGAUAGUACUUUCCAGCUGAUCCAUGUGGCACCCUCAUCUCCGCUAGAAGAUGAUGCCAAGAAGAACGUUAGUGGAAGUGAGAGUGGACAGUCGGAGGCCAACGCUGACAGUAGGCUCGCAGCGGAGGCCAAGCCACCAAAGGAGAAUGAGGCUACCGCAGCUUCUUCUGCUUCUGCUACCGAUACUGCUACCACAGCGGAUGCGAAUGCGAAUAAAGGAAAAGGCACAUCUUCGAUUGGCAAAACGAUCAUCGUUUACAAUGGGCAUAUACUGCCGCCAAUCCCAGCUGACGCCGUUGCUUGUGUAGUUGCGUCGGUUGACGUCGUUGCCCCACCGCAGCGUUACGCUCCCUCUUUUGAUUGGUUUUACCAACGCAUCACUGGCUGCGAUAACGAAUACGAGCGCAUCGCGGCUGCACAGAUUUUCGGCAUGACGAACGUCCGAACGUUCGUGGCACCAUUCGACUUCCUCGCACGCAUGCUUACCGGACGCCACAUAGAGUUAGCGUUCCCCGAAGGCGUGAAGGAGAUGCUGCGCAUCCCUAAAAAUAUCGACGAGUGCCCACCAGCGACGCGCAAGGUUAUGUGCUUCUACAUGGACGCUGACCGGCGGUGGGUGCUCUCUGGUCUGCACACCGUCGACGUUGUCUUGACAACAAUGCUGCCGAAGGCCGCCUCAGCGUAG